AUCGAAUUUUAAUCAAAACGACGACAUUUUGAAUGGUAGCUUCAGUAGGAUCAUGGCAGCUUCCAUCUCUAAAGCCCUAACCAGAAAUCUUCUCCGGCGAAGUGGUGACACUACACGAGAAUUGCAACUUCGGUUCUGCUCCGCCGCCACGUCAGCUGCAGCCAUCUCUGCCCCUGAAACUCAACCGUCAGAGAAAAAUGGACCUUCAAGAUUGUCAAAGUUACUGCUUUUCGUACCUGGGGUUAUCACCUUUGGCCUUGGCACGUGGCAAAUCAUCAGAAGGCAAGAAAAGAUUGAAAUGCUUGAGUAUAGACAAAAUAGAUUGCGAAUGGAUCCUCUAAACUGCAAUGAGGUUUCCCCUUCUAGUGAAAAUGUGGAUGCUUUGGAGUUCCGCAGGGUACUUUGUAGUGGAGUGUUUGAUGAGAAAAGGUCCAUUUUUAUAGGGCCCCGCUCCAGAAGCAUUUCAGGAGUGACUGAAAAUGGCUAUUAUGUUAUUACUCCUCUCCUGCCUUUGGAAAAUGAUCCUAAGAGUGUGCAGUCACCAAUUCUUGUCAAUAGGGGAUGGGUCCCACGGAAUUGGAGAGACAAGUCUUUGGAAGUGGCUGGGGCUGAUGACCAGCCUUCAAGUAUUGCGCCCCCGUCUCAAGAGAGUGCAAAGAGCUCCUGGUGGAUGUUUGGAUCAAAAAAGAAGAAAGUAGAAGAGGAUCAAGUUCCAACUGUUAAGCCCACAGAAGUGAUUGGAGUUGUUAGAGGAAGUGAGAAGCCCAGUAUAUUUGUUCCAGCAAAUGAUCCCAGUUCGUUCCAGUGGUUCUACGUUGAUGUUCCAGCCAUUGCCCGUGCUUGUGGACUCCCUGAGAACACACUCUACAUUGAAGACAUCAAUGAUAAUGUCGACCCAAGCAAUCCCUAUCCACUUCCAAAGGAUACAAACACAUUGGUUCGAAGUUCUGUAAUGCCGCAACAGCAUCUUAACUAUACAUUGACAUGGUAUUCUCUAUCAGCUGCAGUAACUUUUAUGGCUUUUAAGAGGCUAAAGUCAAAGAAAAGCCGGAGAUAGUGAAUCGUUGAGCUGUUUCCUUUGAGUGUAUUUGGCAACGUUAGAGCAACUAGUCUGUGAGGGCAAUGCUGCUAUAGCAGAUUAGCUUCAUCACAUAGACCAUUUCUAAGGAAUGAAAAGCUGCUAUUUGGAUACUUUUACUCCUAAAUUCUACAGGCGAAAGCAAUCCAUUUUUAAAUGGUACAACCCAAUAAGUGCCCUUUUUGUAGUAUUCUCAGGUUUUGUUAGCUAACAUGUGCAUGCCAGAUAAAAAUUGUUUGAUAUUUGUUCUUUCAUAGCCCAAAGGCAUUUUCUCUGUCUCUGGAGGAGAGUUUUAUCUGAACUACAGAAGGAACUUCUGCUUAUGACAAUGUAUCUAACGUAAUGCACGUGAACCCUUCGCAUUUUUUA